UCCCCGGUCCCAGUAUCAGAGGAGGCCUACACAAGCAGUGGCUGACAAAAAAGGACUAGAAGCAUGGAAUUAAUGAGCCCACGUCCAGAAAACAGACGUCAUAAAGGAAUCUCCGAUCUCCUUUUUCUCGUCCUUGCUCUCUUUAAUCAUUCAAAUCCAUGCUCCUCUAGUUUUUCCCUUUAACAGUUUAACCCCUCCUCACUCCUGCUCGUACCUCGAAUGAAAACAAUCAUGGCGAGAACUUCUCACGAGCCCUCCUCCUCCUCCUCCUCCUCCUCCUCCUCCAAGAUACCCUUCCAACGGAUAAGAAGGGGAAGUGACGGAGAUAGGAUGGUAGGGGAUGAGGAGGCGAAGAAGAAAGCUUCUUCCGCGGCGGAGGCCGCCGUUUCGAGGCUCCGGUCGGUUUUGACCGCCGCGAUCCCCGGCCGUUGGAACCGGCCGGUCUUGACGGGCACCCUCUUCGGGCACCGCCGUGGGCAUGUCAACCUGGCCUUCCAGGUGGAUGCCCGAUCGUGCCCGGCGGUGCUCAUCGAGCUCGCGACGCCCACGAGCACCCUCGUGCGCGAGAUGGCGUCGGGACUCGCGAGGAUCGCGCUGGAGUGCGAGCGGAAAGAAGAGAAGACGACGCCAAGAGCUGGUCUCCUGGAGGAGCCGAUGUGGCGGGCGUACUGCAACGGCAGGAAGUGCGGGUACGCGGUGCGGCGCGAGUGCGGCCCGGCCGAUUGGAAGGUGCUGCGAGCCCUCGAGCCGGUGUCCAUGGGGGCCGGAGUCCUGCCGGGGGACGACCCCGACGGAGAUAUUAUGUACAUGAGGGCAAGGUUCGAGCGGGUGGUGGGAUCCAAGGACUCCGAGGCCUUCUACAUGAUCAACCCCGAUGGCAAUACUGGUCCCGAGCUCAGUGUAUAUUUGCUUAGAGUCUGAUGAGAUGUAUAUGCUCAUAAUGGCAAUGGAAACCACUCGUCACACCGUAGCUGCGUCUCUACUUCUUAUUCUCCUACGUCUCAGCUUUUAAACUCUCCUCGCUUGUAAUCGAUUACCUUGUUUGGUUUUUGGUUGCUUCGUCUCGCGCUCUCUACUGUUUAGUGGCGCGAGCUGGUUGGUCAUGUAUUAUUGUGUUCUGUGACAAUGCUCGAGCUGGAUUUGAUCUGACAACAAAAGGCUUUCGCAAGGUUUUCUUUCCU